AUGGCAGAACGGCGUGGAACACCAGAAAUAGAGAGUAAGGAUGUAAAAUACGCACAGUCGCCGUCGAGCGACGGGCACGGGAAAAUACGGGUGAACCCGGCGACGCAGAACGCUUCAACGUCCACGGAGUACCAAAGCGACUCCAUAAACAAUAACACGCUGCAGACGGGCGGCAGCCAGAUGCAACGGCCAGUGGCCAGGAGGAGGCUACGGAGGCGGGCUAAUUCCGCCUCCAACGACCCCGCCGAGCAGCUGACCGAAAUGUCCGUUCGGGGUCUCAACCUGUUCAGAUACGCGUCCGUGAACGAGGGCGUGUACCAGUGCAUCGAGUGCGCGAAGGACAACAUCCAGAAGACGUUCAAAAACAAGUAUUCAUUCCAGCGGCACGCGUUCCUCUACCACGAGGGCCAGCAGAGGAAGGUGUUCCCCUGCCCCGUUUGCUGCAAGGAGUUCUCGAGGCCCGACAAAAUGAAGAACCACAUGAAAACAACGCACGAUUGCUACGUGCCGAAGGACUGCGUGUACCCAACGAACGCUUUCUUCAUGAUACCAGGAAUGGAAGGCCAGUUGCCGCCUGGAAUUAAGCUGGAGGCGGUCGGUUCUGCAUCGCCUCGUGGCUCAACGCCCUCGCAUUCUUCGCCCGACCCUACGCAGGCU